AUGAAGGGCCACCAGAUCUUGCAGGUCAGUGCCAGCACAGCACUGAGGCCGCCCUCGGUGUGUCCCGCAGCGCCACCCAUGCUGUACCCCAACCUGGCUGAGCUGGAGAACUACAUGGGGCUCGCGCUCUCCAGCGAAGAGAUCCAGAAGAGCCUGCUCCCGGAAGGCAGCACCGCGCUGACGCCCGCCGGGCCGGCCCCGGGCCAGCUGGUCGCCCCCCUGAGCGGGAACAACGCGGGGCUGCGCCGGGCAGAGAUCAAGCCGGGUGUGCGGGAGAUCCACCUCUGCAAGGACGAGCGCGGCAAGACGGGGCUGCAGCUGAAAAACGUUGACCAGGGCAUCUUCGUGCAGCUGGUGAAGGCCAACUCGCCGGCGGCGCUGGUGGGGCUGCGCUUUGGUGACCAGAUCCUGCAGAUCGACGGCAAGAACUGCACGGGCUGGAGCAGCGACAAGGCGCAGCGGGCGCUGAAGAAGGCGUCCCCGGAGAAAAUCGUCAUGGUGGUGCGGGACAGGCCUUUCCAGCGCACCGUCACCGUGCACAAGGACAGCACCGGCCACGUCGGCAUCGUGGUCAAGAAGGGGAAAAUUGUGUCGCUGGCCAAGGACAGCUCUGCCGCCCGCAACGGCCUCCUCACCCACCACUACAUCUGCGAGGUGAAUGGCCAGAACGUCAUUGGCAUGAAGGACAAGCAGCUCACAGAGGUGCUGGCAGGGGCCGGGAACGUGGUCACGCUGACCAUCAUCCCCGCUGUGAUCUACGAGCACAUGGUCAAACGGCUCUCGGCAGGGCUGGUGAAGUCGGCCAUGGACCACUCCAUCCCCGACGUCUGA